GCUCCACGCCCAUCACUGCUCAACUCUGACGGUCGGAGGAGCUCGGUGUCGUCUGCAACUGCAACGCCGGGAGCUUGCGAGGGGGAGAGUCGGACAGAGAUGGGAGCCAGCAUGUCGAAGACGCAAGAAACGGGAGCCACGGCGCCGCGCGCGCCGGCGCUGCCGUGGACGGUGCGGCUCUAUACCUUCGGCCUCAUGUCCGCCACCGACAUCGCCCAGCGGCCCGACGGCACGGUCAACCGCUUCGUGUUCUCGCUCGCCGACCGCCAGGCCCGCGCCAGCGCGCGCCCGGACGGGCUCGGCGUCGUGUCCGCCGACGUCGCCGUCGACGCGUCGCGCGGCCUGUGGGCGCGCGUGUUCUCGCCGUCGCCCAGGGCCGACCCCGCGGCGCCCGCGCUCCCCGUGCUGGUCUACUUCCACGGCGGCGGCUUCACGCUGCUCUCCGCGGCGUCAGCCCCCUACGACGCCAUGUGCCGCCUGUUCUGCCGCGAGCUCGGCGCCGUCGUGGUGUCCGUCAACUACCGCCUCGCGCCCGAGCACCAGUUUCCCGCCGCCUACGACGACGGCGUGGACGUGCUCCGGUACCUCGGGAACGCCGGCCUGCCCGACCUCGGCGUCCCGGUCGACCUCUCCCGCUGCUUCCUGGCCGGGGACAGCGCCGGCGGCAACCUCACCCACCACGUCGCGCAGCGCUGGACGGCCACCGCCUCUGGCCCCUUCCGCAUCGCCGGCAUCGUCCUGCUGCAGCCGUACUUCGGCGGCGAGGAGCGCACGCCGGCCGAGCUGAGGCUGGAGGGCGUGGCGCCGGUGGUGAACAUGCGGCGCUCGGACUGGUCGUGGCGGGCGUUCCUGCCGGAGGGCGCCGACCGGAACCACCCGGCCGCGCACGUGACGGGCGAGGCCGGCCCGGAGCCCGAGCUGGCGGAGGCGUUCCCGCCGGCGAUGGUGGUGAUCGGCGGGCUGGACCCGCUGCAGGACUGGCAGCGGCGGUACGCCGCCAUGCUGGAGCGGAAAGGGAAGGCCGUGCAGGUCGUGGAGUUCCCGGAGGCCAUCCACGCGUUCUACGUGUUCCCGGAGCUCGCCGACUCCGGCAGGGUCGUGAAGGCGAUCAAGGCGUUCAUGGAUGAGACGAUGGCGGCGCAGCCCAACCCAGCCAGAUCCUUGAUCCAUCAGUGACCAGAACCUGAAAAAUCGUGCCUACAACUUGCCGAUCGAUCGUGGACCAAAUCAUCCGUGGCUAUCGAUUUCAUAUCGCUUCUUGAUGUUUCGUUUGAAAAAAAAAUAAAAAAAAUCCUUCUUGCUGUGAAACUCUGAAAGUAUUCAGAGUAGCUGCCUUUGAUCGAGACGCGAUCUUGGCUAAUAAAUU